CCCAAGAUCACAGCCUCACGCAAACUGUUGUUGAAGAGCUUGAUGCUGGCAAAAGCGAAGGAGGAAUGGGAACAGGAGCUCAUUGACAAACAGUCAGAGAAGGAAAGAUAUCUGUCUGAGCGAAUCACACCAUUGUAUACCAGUGGGCUUUCCUUGAGCCAGCUCCAGGACCUGUGCAGGGAGCUGCAUGCGAAAGCUGAAAUUGUGGAUGAAGAGCGAUAUGACAUCGAAGCAAAAUGCAACCAUAACACCCGGGAGAUUAAAGACCUGAAACUGAAAGUGCUUGACCUCCGGGGAAAGUUCAAGCGACCCCCCCUGCGGCGAGUCCGGGUCUCUGCUGAUGCUAUGCUGAGGGCUCUGCUGGGCUCCAAGCACAAGGUUUCCAUGGAUCUGAGAGCCAACCUGAAGUCUGUCAAGAAGGAGGAUACGGAGAAGGAGCGCCCUGUGGAAGUGGGUGACUGGCGCAAGAACGUGGAAGCCAUGUCCGGUAUGGAGGGCCGAAAGAAGAUGUUCGAUGCUGCCAAGUCCCCCACAGGCCAGUGAGAGGAGCGUCAGGCCAGGAAGAAGAGCCUCCCCAAUCCUGCUGUCUGCCUCCCUUGUCCUUGCUGCCCCUCCUUGCUCUUUAUGCACAUACCCUGAAUUCACCACUGAGCUGAAGCGUGUGGACAACUACUUGGGAAGGAGAUCUGAGCCUCUUCCUUUCCG